GGCGGUUAAGCCAAAAGGCAAAUAACCUCUUUGCUCGACCGAGUAGCCCCGCCUCCAUUCUCUAACACACACCAAACGAGAAAAAUUAUUCGGACCUCAGUUCUUGCUGUUGAUCUGACGAUAUUUUCCUUUCUUCGUUUUUAGCAAAAUAUAGGAUAGUAGAUCAAAAAGAAGGUCACUUAUUAAGGCCAAGAUGGACCCUUAAAGAGGUUUCUAAAAGUAAUCAAUCCAGAAAGAAAAAGAUAUCACGUGACCUCUUACGUCGUUUUCAUUCAACUUACCGGCGUGGAGUUGUUUUGUUUGUGGAAAAGAAAAUCGUUUUCUUUCGGGAGUGAUGUGGGUGCUUUCUGUAACGUUUAUCGUGUGCUUCUUUUAAUUGGUUAUUCAAAAAUUGCUAAGGAUGGUGUUUUUAGUUCAUAUUUCCAACUUCGUAUAAUAUUUAGUUUGCUUUCAAAAAGGCAAUGAGUGAAUUUGAAAAAAUCAAACGAAGUUAUUCGAAACGGGGCGAGUUAUUCGAAGACGCUGAUUUUCCUGCAACACAAACAUCAGUAUUCUAUCAUCAAAAGCCUCCUUUUCAGUUUUCCUGGAAAAGACCAAAAGAACUGUGUUUGGAUCCUGUAUUCAUACAAGAUGGUACACUACAGUAUGACAUAACUCCUGGAAAACUUGGAGACCAUUGGUUUGUGUCUGCGCUGGGAUGCCUUAGCACCACGAAAGGAUUGUUUUACAGAGUGGUUCCAGCUGAUCAAAUAUUCAGUUCAGAAACAGACAAUUCUCUGGACUCAGACUAUGUGGGAGUGUUUCGAUUUCGAUUGUGGUGGUGCGGAGAAUGGCAAGAAGUCCUUGUGGAUGACAGGCUACCGACAGUGAACGGAAAACUAGUGUUUGUCCAUUCACAGCACUCUAACCAGUUCUGGGCUGCUUUGCUUGAGAAAGCAUACGCUAAAUUGCAUGGAUCUUAUGAAGCUCUUAAAUAUGCUUGCUCUCAGGAUGGUUUAGCUGACUUGAUGGGUGGAAUAAUUGAAAAUUUUAACAUUCGCCAAGAUCCUACAUCCUGUCUUAAAGUACUAGGGAGACUUCUCAAAACUACUACAGUCACCACCAGCAUUGUACAGCAGCAGAUAAAAUCCAGAAAUCAACCGGAGAAACUUGCUAAUGGCAUAUUACUAGGAACUAACUAUAGAGUUUUGGGCAUUGACAAGGUUGAAACUUUGAAUGGUGAUCAAACCCAGCUGGUUAAACUAAGAAACCCUCUUCCAACAUUAUCAGAAUACAUGGGAUCUUGGUCAAAAGAUUCAUUAGAAUGGGAAAAAAUUCUUCCGGAAGACAAUGAAAGAUUAAACCACAAGAAUUCAAAUGAGGGUGAAUUUUGGAUGACUUAUCAAGAUUUUGUGAAGACGUUUACCUGCGUGGAAGCAGUUCACCUGGACGCAGAAACUAGCAAAGAUGAACCAACAUUGAGGUCCAAAAUCUCUUGGCAAAUGAAAGUGUGGCAUGGACAGUGGCAGAGGGGUGUGAGUGCCGGGGGAUGCCGGAAUAAUCUAGAUUCGUUUCACAUCAAUCCUCAAUUCCAAAUAGUUCUUCCGGAAGCUGAAGAGGUUUUAAUUUCUUUAAGUCAGCAUAGCAUUCUGGAGCCAAAAGUAAUAGGUUUCGCAGUUUUCCCAAUGAGUAAAAGCUUGUCAACAGAAAUAAUGGAAAAAACGUUCUUCAAGAAGACUAAAUCCAUUUAUAGUUCUGCAUAUAGUAAUAGCCGACAGGUAUCGGGAAGGGUGCAUUUUGAGCAAGGAAGCUACCUCAUUCUACCUACAACAUUUGAUCCAGGAGAAGAAGCUAAUUUUACCAUUCGAGUUAUAUCUAAUAAACCUUUGAAACUUAAACUUCUAGAUUGUAAUCCAGCUGUAUUAAAGCCAGCUAUUGUAAAGGCCUCCCCCUCGAUUGACACGAAAAUUAAUUCCUACGAAGGAGUAUUUUUGCAACUCUCAGAUGAGCAUAAGACAACAAAUGCUUUCGAGCUUCAGGAUGUUUUAGAAGUUUGUUUGCCAAAUGAUUAUGUGAAAAGCUGUGCCACAUUAGAAGUCUGCCGUCAAGUUGUUUUAGCAUUAGAUACAACUGGAAAUGGAAGAAUUAGAUUUUCUGACUACAAGAACUUGAUGUGUAGUCUUAAACACUGGCAGGUAAUAUUUAGAAAUCACACCAAAGGGACAACGAGUGUUUUAAGAGCGGAGAAACUGAGAGAUGCACUAUUUGAUGUCGGUUUUCAAGUCAAUACAGAAACAUUAUCCCUACUUGCUUUUAGGUAUAUGAGAAAAGAUGGGACGCUGCGUUUUGGAGAUUUCGUAUCGUGUAUUCUUCAUUUAUCUACCUCAUUCAGGGCCUUUGAAAAACGAGAUCCUUUGCAAAACGGUUAUGUGAAAGUAAAUCUUAAGGAGUGGCUAGGUUCAUCUCUUCAGUGUUAGUUGCCACUUAUAAAACGCAUACUCUAUAGUGCAAUAAUUUAUGGAUGAAAACAAAUGACUCUUCAGUUUGCCAAACUUUUUUUCCAACUUCUGAAGAAUGUUUGUAAAUAACUUUGGAUAGAUUGUGUAUAUAUGACAAGAAGAAAAAUAUUUGUACAUUUUAAGUUUACAUUUAAACACUUUCGUUGAAAAUUAGUUUUCUGUUUUUAAUAUUUGACUUUAAUAUCUAGUUGAGUGAUUUAUGAAGUUUUGUAAAUAUAAGAGAUAUAUCAAUACAAUGUAUUAAAUAAUUUAUAUUUUUAAUUGUAAAA